AUAUUGCUGCUUUACACCUUUUUUCUUUUUCUUGUUUUUGAUGAAACAAUAUCUUCAAGCCUCGUAUAUGAAUAUCAAAGGGUGUUUUAUCGUUUUUGAUAAAAGACUACUACUCCAUCCUAGAGCAAAUUAAUCAAAGCUUGGUUUUCAUAUGCAAAUCCCCGAAUUCCUGCUUAUUUUUGCGGUGGUGAAACAUGUGGCAGGUUUAAUUGCAGCAGAAAUUUCAAUAUCCAUGGCUCUCCACUCAGCUGCUGCCAAGCUCCCAGUGGUAGACCUUUUCGAUGAGAAUUGUAAGCCUGGAACUGCCUCUUGGGUCUCCAAAUGCAACGACGUUCGAGUAGCGCUUGAAGAAUACGGCUGCUUCCUUACACCUUAUCACCAAGUUCCAUCACAGCUCCAGGAUCAAGUCUUUAACUCCCUGCAACAACUGUUUGAUCUUCCUCUAGAAACCAAGCUUCAAAACACCUCUCACAAACCUUAUUUCGGUUACUUUAAACACCCCUCCAUUCCUCUCAGUGAAAGCAUGGGCAUUGAUGACCCUACCAGUCUUGACGGAACUCAAAGUUUCACUCAUCUCAUGUGGCCUAAUGGCAACCAAAAAUUCUGUCAAAAUGUUCAUUCGUAUGCAAAGCUGGUAUCCCAACUGGACCGAAUGGUGAAAAAGAUGGUGUUUGAAAGCUAUGGUGUAGAAAAAUACUAUGAAUCUCACAUCGAUUCCACCAGUUAUCUUCUUCGGCUGAUCAAAUAUAGAGUGCCCCAUGAAGGGGAAACAAUUGAUAACUGUGGGUUUCCUCACACUGACAAGAGCUUCUUAACCAUACUUCAUGACAAUCAAGUUGCAGGCCUUCAGACCAAAACUAAAGAUGGCAAUUGGAUUUGUGUUCAGCCCUCUGGUUCAAUGUUCAUAGUCAUGGCCGGUGAUGCAUUCUUGGCAUGGAGCAAUGGAAGAGUACACUCAGCAACUCAUCGUGUGGUUACGGAGGAGAACAAAGAAAGAUAUUGCCUUGCAUUGUUUUCAUUUAGCGGUGAGACCAUAGAAGCGCCGGCUGAGCUAAUUGAUGAAGCUCACCCCUUGAUGUUUAGGCCCUUUCAAAAUAUGGACUUACUCCGACUUUAUUCCCUUGAUGAUCUCCAUAGUUAUGAUCAGAUGUUUAAUGGCCAGGCCUAAUAUGAUGUAUAAUUUAGGUAAAGUUGUAUUAUAUUUCAACUUUUAAUUAUACAUACAUAUUUCAUUUAGUACAUCCUCUGGAAUUUUCUGUUAUACAUUAUUCCUGAAUUAAAAUGAAUAUUAGUUAUAUUAAAAAUUUUAAGUUUUAA